AUGGCGCUCGACAACUACUACGCAAACAAGAUCGAGGCGAUGAAGCUCGAGAUCCUCAAGGGCCAGGCUGUCCUCCGCCGGCUCGAGGCCCAGCGAAAUGACUACAACUCGAGGGUCCGGUUACUGCGCGAGGAGCUGGGCCUGUUGCAGCAGCCCGGCUCCUACGUCGGUGAGGUCGUCAAGGUCAUGGGCACCAAGAAGGUGCUGGUCAAGGUGCAUCCCGAGGGCAAAUAUGUCGUGGACAUAGCAGACUCGGUCGACAUAUCGAAACUCACAGCCGGAAAGCGGGUAACCCUGCUGUCCGACUCGUACAAGCUCGAGAAGAUGCUGCCCUCCUCCGUCGACCCUCUCGUCUCCCUCAUGAUGGUUGAGAAGGUCCCCGACAGCACAUACGACAUGAUUGGUGGUCUGGACCAGCAGAUCAAGGAGAUCAAGGAGGUCAUCGAGCUCGGUCUCAAGCACCCAGAGCUGUUCGAGUCCCUCGGUAUCGCACAGCCCAAGGGUGUACUGCUUUACGGUCCUCCAGGAACAGGAAAGACGCUGCUGGCCCGAGCCGUCGCUCACCACACAGACUGCAAGUUCAUCAGAGUGUCGGGUUCCGAGCUGGUGCAGAAGUACAUCGGUGAGGGUUCCCGCAUGGUGCGCGAGCUCUUCGUCAUGGCUCGAGAGCACGCCCCCUCCAUCAUCUUCAUGGACGAGAUCGAUUCCAUCGGUUCCUCGCGUGUAGAGGGCUCAUCUGGCGGAGACUCGGAAGUCCAGCGUACCAUGUUGGAGCUGCUGAACCAGCUCGAUGGUUUCGAGCCCACCAAGAACAUCAAAGUCAUCAUGGCGACGAAUCGUCUCGAUAUUCUGGACCCGGCCCUGUUGCGGCCCGGUCGUAUCGACCGUAAGAUCGAGUUCCCGCCGCCAAGCGUCGAGGCUCGUGCCGACAUUCUCCGCAUCCACAGCCGCAAGAUGAACCUGACCCGUGGCAUCAACCUGACCAAGAUCGCCGAGAAGAUGAAUGGCUGUUCCGGUGCCGAGUUGAAGGGUGUGUGUACUGAGGCGGGUAUGUAUGCCCUCAGAGAGCGGAGAGUCCAUGUGACCCAGGAGGACUUUGAGCUGGCGACGGCCAAGAUCCUCAACAAGCAUGACGAUAAGGAGGUUUCGCUCCAGAAGUUCUGGAAGUAA